UCGGGGGACCAACUCAACGCUACCAAGAUGGCCGCCACCACGUACUCACUGCCCAAGCUGCCCUAUGCCUACGAUGCCCUGGAGCCGGCCAUCUCGGGGCAGAUCAUGGAGCUGCACCACAGCAAGCACCACCAGGCGUACGUGGCCAACCUCAACAAGGCGCUGCAGUCGCACGUGGCCGCCACGACGGCCGGCGACAUCGCCACGCAGAUCGCCCUGCAGCCCGUCAUCCGCUUCAACGGCGGCGGCCACAUCAACCACUCGCUGUUCUGGCUGAACCUGGCGCCCACCGCCAGCGCCGAAGCCAACCCCGACUCGGCCCGCACGCUCGUCGCCGAGAUCGACAAGACGUGGGGCAGUCUCGACGCCUUCGAGAAGGCCUUCGCUGCCGCCCUGCUCGCCAUCCAGGGCAGCGGCUGGGGCUGGCUGGUGCGUGAGGACGGCCCCGCCCGCGGCUUGCGCAUCGUUACCACCAAGGAUCAAGACCCCGUCGUCGGCGGAGAGGUGCCUGUCUUUGGCGUCGACAUGUGGGAACACGCCUACUAUCUCCAGUACCUGAACGGGAAGGCUGCAUAUGUCGAGAACAUCUGGAAAGUCAUCAACUGGAAGACGGCCGAGGAGCGCUUUUUGGGCAACCGCGACGACGCCUUCAAGGCGCUGAGGGCAUCCAUUUAACCUUGACCUGGGUAACUGGUUCACUUGCUCGUAGGCUUUGACGCAGCAGAUGGGGCGCACUGGAUUCGUGCGUUUCUAGACCUAGGAUAUCUGAAGUGCUUGGAUAUC